AUGUCACCCAAGCUGAAGCCAUUGUUGUUGCCCCAGCUUGUGGAAGAGCGCCGCAAGUUUGAGGAGCAGCAACCCGAAUUCCCAGAAGGCGACAUGGACCGCCAGUACAUCUACUAUACGGCAAACUCGUCCUCUUCCGACGUUGUAUCACCCGUCACCCCAACCUUCUCGACUCGAGGGCAUCUGCGCUACUCCAGCUCGACCUCGUCCCUCGAUCUUCCCCCCACAUUGUUCAACGACUGCCCCUCGUCACCAACCUCAACUACCCAUACCAAGUCUUCCAAACGCCUACUUCCCGAUGUGGAAGAGGAGCCUUUGGAGCGCGAAGAGAUGGAGGACAGCACUAUUCUCGCUGAGCAAUUCGAUCUCUACAACUGUUUGUGUAAGUCGGACACUGAUCCUGCUGCAAUUGAGCCCCUGCUAAGAUCUGACUGCGUAGGCGAUGAACCCUGCAUUCACCACAACGAAAGCUCCGAAACUCUCCACAGCGUAUACCCUACCGACUUUGAUAUCGACUAUGACUUGGGCUUUGCGAGCGACAGCGACUUCACUGCGACCCUCGAGCGGAAGCGUAGCGGCACCGAGUCGCCCUUUUCUGGCCUGGCCACACGCCUUGGAACGCGUUUUCCCAACCUGUCACGAUGGAAAUCCACGAAGCGGUCACAGUUGACUGCGUCGCCGACCACAGGAUUGACCUAUGAACACGCCCUUUCGGUUUCUCGCGCAGCAUCAAGCCGUUCAUCCUCGUUGUCCGGCCCGUCACGCCACUUGGACAGCAUCAACGAGCCACCGAUCCCUACCCCUGCUACGUCCUUCUGGGAAAGCAGCGAGAGCGUGGAGACCCCGGCCCCCAUUGACAUCGAAAAGGCCAACAACGAGAGGGGCAGCAUCGAGCGCGACCGCGCUCUCGCAACAACGCCUCUGCUCCCUCCUCUCCUUACCACUCCGCCAACCGAGGCCCCCCAACCUAGUCCGCUCCAGUCUCCCACUGUAGCACCAUCAGCAUUCUCCAUGGAAAUCCCCUCGCCGCAGCCGCUUUCUCACCUUCCCACGCCUGCACUCAGCACGAGGCCAUCCGUCUCUUCCUUCCGGCAUGCACAGUCGUCACAAGAACUACCCAUCGGAUUCCCCUCCAUCGUGCAAGAUCAUGACGAGUGGUCUGACCGCCUCGGCCAUGCCAACUUUACCAUCACGCCACAACCUUACCAGCCGGUGGAAGCCGAUAUGGAGACCCUUCGCCAUCUGCGUGCAGACUGGGAAACUGCUCGUGUAAAUUACACGAAGCACCUAGUUCGCACCGGCGAGAACUACGGCGAGACGUCCAAGAUCUACGCGCUGACGGAAGCGAAAUGGGCCGAGACGGAGAAGAGCUGGCGCAACUUCCAUGAGCAGACGAUGGAAUACAUCCUUGCCACCAGUAAGACAACCACAUCGCAUUCAGGCGUCUCUCGCAGCCGUAGCCGCGGGCGUGUUCGCGCCAGCAGCGGAGGCGCUGCCCUCCUCCGCCGACCUGGCAAUGACGACGUCUUUGCUAGCAUGCAGUGGCGGCGUCUCGAGGAUGGGUUGCCCACCGCGAUUCCUCGUCUCAUUGACGCCGAGGGCAAGUUCCCGGAGCGCGGGGAUGAAGACAUUGUUGGACCCAUGGAACGUGACACCAAGAUGAUCCGCACCCGGAGUGAGGAACGCAAAGGCGGUCGGUUCUGGCGUAACCUGGCCGAAAAGGUUGGCAUUCGGAGGUGA